CUCUGAGCAGAGAGCAGUCGUAGGUCCUAUCCGCGGUGUCUUCUCCCUACCUUCGACGGCCCACUCGCUGCCCUCUGCGCCCUCUCUCGCACCCUGUCUCGUUUCCGCUUCUCGCGAGCAGCUCGGCGACAUUCCCCGAUUGGUCGGACAAUUUGUCCACUUCGUUACAAACACAGAUUCACUGCGUGCAUUCUCGAACGUUCCACCAUUAUGAGUCGAUGCCUGGAGGAAUUCUUUUUUUGGCAUGUGUGGCGAGAGAGUGCGAGUGAACAAGACAGAAUUCAGUUCGUGAGUCUGUAUUUUAGUGCGUAGUAGCAGAGGAGGUGAGGAGAGCGUGCUUUUCUGUUUGCAGCGCUUGAGUUUUAUUUGACUCAAGAGGAUCUCGACUCGGUGUUUUGAAGGAGUGUUGGAGCGAUCUUCGGGGAUGUGAAGCGGAAGGGUUUUGUUGGUUGGGAGAAUCGGGCAAUGCUGUUGAACUUGUAGAGAAAGGCGAAUCUUGGGGUUUCGUCAGUGCUAUGUUUUGUAGUUCUUCCGAGAAGACUAGUUGUCGAUGUGGCUCAAGCUUAGAUUUGAGGGAUGAUCAUUAUAGACCCAGCCAAGAUUCAUCGAGUUUUUGUCGAACCUAGGGUUGAUCUUGUCCUUAGUUCUAUGGAUUUCAAUUUCAGGAUUUCUUGACGAAUGACUGCGAACGCGGAAGGCUGUGUACGAGAAAGCUAAUUUUUCAUUUUAGGUGGUGAAGAGCAACAAUCGGGGUGAAGCUAUUGAAGAAGUGUGAAGGAAAGGACCUGUCUCCCUCGAUCAAGGUUAACGAAACUGAGUAUGCUAUGAAUUCGAAGACAGAGAUAGCACAUCAGAAGUACAGGGCGUCAGAGUAUGUCGAGGCACUUAAAUUGUACACAGAGGCUCUGAAUGCAGCGACUCUACUGAAUCACCAAGUCGCUCUUCAUAGCAAUCGUGCAGCAUGUCACCUCAAACUUCAGCAGUACAAGCUGGCAGCGGAGGAAUGCAGUGCAGUGCUGGAGCUUGAUGUCAAGCACGCGGGAGCGCUGAUGCUGCGAGCCCAGACCUUUGUGGCAAUGAAAGAUAAUCACUCCGCCCUGUUUGACGUAAACCGAUUGCUCGAAACUAAUCCCAAUUCUGAAGUUUACCGUAAUUUGCGAGAGCGACUGCGGACGCAUAUAGCCUUGAGUCCUAUUCCAGAAGGAGACCAUGAGACUCCUCCAGACUCACCCACUCACCAACCAAUGCAAAGUAAGUUGCCUGUUCUUGCAGGUCCUCCGAAGCCGGAGGGUUGGGCUGCAAUUCCCAAGCCGAAGGGACAUACUGGCGUAGAUUACUCUCGCUUUGCCAACUUAGGAGACGACAUCAGCAGUGACGAAGAGGAAGAGGAGGAGCAGCCUCAAUACCGAUACCGACUUGGUAAAGUCGGUUUGAGCAACUUCCGAACUGUGUAAGAUAGCCACCAGUUUACACUCGAGACUUUCUUAAAGUUAGUGUUCUUCAACCAUUUUACAAACCUGAGAUUCAUAUGUAAAGUUACACAGUUCAACUGAGUUUCAAAGAUCGCUUAAGAUUUUGUACCGUCAAUGGGACUUUAAAUCAUGAAAAGAAGUAGCUCACUUCAUUGCCGAAGGUGUCAGUUGAACUUC